AUGUCUUCGUUUCUACGUCGCUUCGGUGGUAAGAAGGGGAGUGGUGCGGAGGCUACGACGACGGGUGCAAAUGUGUAUCAAGGCGAGGUUAUCAGAGAUGGAGGAUUGAAAUUCACAGUUGAGCAGGGAGGGAAUGAUUCGCAACCCUCAUAUCAAGAAGCAUCCGGCGCACCAGUCGAGACGUCCUCACCACUAGGCUACGCAGUAGGACCUAUAACGAUUCUCUUCCUAAACCUGUACCUCUUCCCCCCCUCUCAUCUUCACAUGCCUAACACCCCCCAGAUCCAAAAUGGUAGGAACAGGCGUGUAUUCCACACCCGCCUCCGUCCUGACCGGAACCGGUUCCAUCGGUCUAGCAUUAAUCUACUGGUUCCUCGGGUUCCUGAUCGCGGGCAGUUCGCUGGGCGUGUAUCUGGAGUACGCUUCGUAUUUCCCGAAUCGAUCGGGCAGUGAGGUGGUGUAUUUGGAGCAGGCGUAUCCGCGGCCGAAGUAUCUUUUUCCUACGGCUUUUGCGUUUCAGACUGUCAUUUUGAGUUUUAGUAGUAGUAAUGCUAUUGGUGAGUUUCUUCAGAGAGAUGAGGGGGGAGGGAAAAGAAGGAGAAGGAGCUGAUGGAAGUGUAGUUUUGGCGAGGUAUUUGUUUAGGAUUAAUGGGCAUGUGCCAAGUGAUUGGGAGUUGAAGGGGGUGAGUGAUUUGUUUUCUUUUGGGGGUACCUGUUGAUUUAUUUUGAAUGGAAGCUCACUGUUUUUAGGUUGCUAUUGCUGGUUAGUUUGAACCGCGUGACUGUGAAAGUCAGAUGGCGAGACUAACUUUGAAAAUUCAGGAUACACUGUAGCAGUUCUCCGUAAGACCUUUUCUCCCCCUCCAACAUCCAAAACUUACUUACCUACCAAAACCCCAGUCCUAAUGUUCCACACCCGAGCCUCCUACUGGCUCUCCAACGGCAUUGGAGCCAUCAAACUCCUCACCCUAAUCUUGUACGCCCUUUCCCCUUUCCCCUUCCCCUUCCCCAUCUCCACAUCCAUCCAUUCCAACCUUCUAACUCCAAUAGCGUCGCCAUAACCGGCCUCGUCGUCCUCGGCGGCCACACCCGUGUCGAAAACCCCACCGCAAACUUCCAAAACGCAUUCGAAGGAACCAGCAACGAAGCGUACGGUCUCACCAACGCACUAGUCAAGAUCAUCUUCUCGUACACCGGCUAUGAAAACGCGUUUAAUGUUGUGAACGAGGUGAAGAAUCCGGUGAAGACUAUUAAGCAGAGUUCGUUCGUUGCGUUAUUCGUGUGAGUAUUCCGUAAACCAGCGUAAAUAUCAGUGAGACUUGAGAAUUUGGGAAGAUGACUGACGGGAUGUGUGGAUGUAGAGUGGCGGUUUUGUAUGAAUUCGCUAAUAUCGCUUAUAUGGCCGCUGGUAUGUUCCCCCUUCCCCGGCUCAUAGUUGUGAAUACACGAAACUUAUCAUCCCAUCUAGUUCCCAAAUCCGAACUCAAAGCCUCCACCCAAAUCGUAGCAUCCCUCUUCUUCCAAAAAGUCUUCGGAAACGGUGGUGCCGUCCGCGGUCUCAACUUCCUGAUUGCGCUCUCGUCAUUUGGAAAUUUACUCGCCGUCCUCCUCGGAACAUCUCGCUUGAUUCGAGAAUGUGGACGGUAAGUCCUCACUUCCUGCCUAUUCUCCUCACAGAAUGUGAAAUUGCGGAAGGAAAGAUAUGGGAAAGAAACUAAUACAACGAGAAUAGACAAGGCGUCCUCCCCUACCCCCGCUUCUGGGCGAGCACCAAACCCUUCGGCACCCCCUGGGGUCCGUACCUCGUAAAAUGGGUAACAACAGUAAUAAUGAUCGUCGCACCCCCGGCGGGCGACGCCUUCAACUUCGGUAUCUCUCUUUCCCCUCCCCCCCUCCUUAUCCUCCAUCUAACAUCAUCCAGCCGUAAAUCUCGGCUCCUACCCCACCGCCUUCUUCAACGUCACCAUGGCCGCAGGGCUCUUCAUAGUCCGGCACCGACGCGCAAAGCUCUCGCUGGGUCCAUCCGAGUUCCGCGCUUGGGAUGUGGUGGUUGUGUUUAAUAUCCUGUCGAAUCUGUUUAUCCUGGUGAUGCCUUGGUAUCCGCCCAAUGAGGGGGAUGCGGAUGUGAGUUUUUGGUAUGGGACGUAUAUUGUUGUUGGGAUUGCUAUGUGAGUCCUCCCUUUCCUAUCCCUAUCAUAAUACCCCAAUUUUUUACGGCGGAGAUGUAUGAUGUGCAAGGAAGAGCGAGAGACUGAUAAAUAUAGUAUCCUACUCUGUGGCGUCUACUACGCAUUCUGGGUCUAUAUCCUCCCCAAAUGGGGGAAAUACAACAUCCGACAAGAACUCGUCGAUCUAGAUGGUGGCGCGGCGAUGAAUCGGCUGGUGAAGGUUCCGGAUGCCGAGUUGGCGCGGUGGGAUGAGACUCAUGAUGAGGUGGGGAGGUUUAUUGGGGAGGGUGAGGGGGAGGGUGAGAGUGUGGGGGUUGUGGGUGGGGAUAAGGGGAGUGAUUCGAGUAGUGCGAGGGUUAGGGAGGUUCCUGUUUGA